AUGGCAAGACUGGUGGCACUUCAACUGAACCAACUAUCUUUCUCUCCAUUGGCCUCCUCUCUUUCUGACUUCAGCGGAACCAGACUUCAAAACCAACUUCAGUUGAAGAGAACCUUCAGGCAGCCAAAAGGGUCUUUCUAUGUCUCUGCAUCAAGCACCAAGAAAAUCCUUAUCAUGGGAGGCACCAGGUUUAUUGGAGUGUUUUUGUCUAGGCUCCUUGUCAAAGAGGGUCACCAGGUGACUUUAUUUACAAGAGGUAAAGCGCCUGUCACUCAACAAUUGCCUGGUGAAUCAGACAGUGAUUAUGCUGAUUUUUCUUCCAAGAUCUUGCAUUUGAAAGGAGACAGGAAGGACUUCGAGUUUGUAAAAUCCAGUCUCUCAGCAGAGGGGUUUGAUGUUGUUUAUGACAUAAACGGACGAGAGGCAGAUGAAGUUGAGCCCAUAUUGGAUGCUCUGCCUAAUCUGGAACAGUUUAUUUACUGUUCUUCCGCUGGUGUCUAUCUUAAAUCUGAUCUAUUACCUCAUGCAGAGACUGAUGCAGUUGAUCCUAAGAGUAGGCACAAGGGAAAGCUUGAGACAGAAAGUUUGCUACAAUCAAAGGGUGUAAAUUGGACUUCUAUAAGGCCAGUGUAUAUCUAUGGACCCUUGAACUAUAACCCUGUUGAAGAGUGGUUCUUCCAUAGAUUGAAAGCUGGUCGCCCAAUUCCUAUCCCUAGCUCAGGAUUACAAAUAACUCAACUCGGUCAUGUUAAGGAUUUGGCAAUAGCUUUUGUUAAGGUUCUUGGUAAUGAUAAGGCCAGCAAGGAAGUAUUCAACAUCUCGGGAGAGAAAUAUGUCACAUUUGAUGGAUUAGCAAGAGCAUGUGCUAAGGCUGGUGGAUUCCCGGAGCCCGAGAUCGUUCACUACAACCCUAAAGAUUUUGAUUUUGGGAAAAAGAAGUCAUUUCCAUUCCGUGACCAGCAUUUCUUUGCAUCAAUAGAGAAAGCAAAGAGAGUGCUUGGGUGGGAACCUGAAUUUGACCUUGUAGAAGGUCUUGCAGACUCGUAUAACCUGGACUUUGGUAGAGGAACAUUCCGGAAAGAGGCUGAUUUCUCAACUGAUGACAUUAUUCUUGGCAAGAGUCUUGUUAGUGUAUAA